AUGACCUGUCUCAUUGCCAAGCGAUUAAGACUAACUAAGACAGACCAAAGCAGAUCAGCGUCUGCGGCAUACACAGAGCCACCAGCGGAUUGUGAGAGAGAGGUGCUGCUGGAGAAGGAGGCGCGAGAGAACGCCCUGUUGGAGGUGGCCAAGUGUGAGUUCGAGGAGGCGGAGAACGACACGCGGUUGCAUUUGCAGCGCAACGAGGUGGAACUGGAGAUCACACGGCAGCGGAACGAGGAGCUAGAGUUCAGCAAGGACGCAUUGGGGGCCAAGUACAAGGACUGCCACGCCGAGUCGAUACUGAGAGAGGAUUUGGGUGCGGCGGAGACGCAAUUGGAGCAUCUGCACGAGGAGCGGCAGCGAACGAAGCGACAAUUGGAGGCACUGCGUCGAUCUCUGCCACUGCUGUUGAUGUGUCGCCUGUUGGCUCUGGCCAAAAUGGGCAACGACAUAUCCACCGCUAGUCCCAGUGCCCGCCUCUACUCCGGACAAUGUGCUGAUGCCGAUGCCAAGCCCGAGGACACACUCAAACAGGGCGAGAGUCCACGGCACAGCUGUGACGCGCGGGAUGUCAGCUUCCUGCGGGAAAAGGUCAAGGUGCUGCGCAGCCAGCUAAAGGAUCUCGAUGCACGCCACUACGAGGACAUGAAGUCGGCCGACCCGCACUGGGCCGAACAGGAGAAGGAGCACAAGGAGCGCGAGGAGGCGUAUCUGGCCAAGGAGAUGUCCCUCAAGCGGAAUAUUGCCCAGCUGCAGGACUGCCUGCGCGAGGAUUCGCGUGCGGCAGCGUAGAAGAUCCAGCAGCUGGAGGAGACCGAACUGGGCCUGAAGACCUGCCUGAUGCGACUGACCAAAGAGUAUAACGAUCUGCUCCAGCCCCAGGAGCAGCUGGAGGCGGAGCAACAGAUGGCCGUGGCCCUGGAGAACGAGAAGCGACGCUGCCAGGCGCUGAUCGAUGACCUCAGUUUCGCCAAGAAGCUGCAGGCGAGAACCGAGGAGGCGCUGAAGCAGGAGGCCGAAGCUCUGCGCAGCCAAAUGUACGAUCUGCGCAAGAGCUUCAUGCACAUCGAAGUCACCAAUGGGGAGCUCAAAGAGGAGGUGGGCACGUUGGAGAACAAGAUCCGGCAGAUGGAGUCGCAAUUGAAGGAGUCCGAGGAGCGUGCCCACUGCCUGGAGGAUGAGCUGCGCACCAAGGAUGAGCUGUGCCACCGCAUGGAGCGUGAAAUUGGAGUCUUGCCGGAGGGCUUUAGUCUCACCCACGAGCUCUACGACAGUCCGGCCAAGCCUGCAACUGGGCUGUGUCCUGUGCGACGUUGAG